AGGCCUUCAAUGCAGCAAUCAAAAGCCGCUGGGAGGGCCAAAGGUGAACCACAGUACUUCAAGAGGCUGGGUGAACGACACACAAACUGCUUGUUAUCUAUCUGCAAGAUCCACACGAACUAUUCAGCCAGCAGCAACAAGUGAAUGUCAUUGAGAUGCCUUAUGGGAAGGAAGUCCUGCUGGAUUCCUCGAUGGGUGAAGAGUGGAUGAAAUCUCACCAAGCAGCCAAAGGGACUGUGAAGAUUAACCAGUGCAGUACCCAUCCCUGCAGGUACCUAUGGGCAUUGAUACCCACUGUGAUUCUUCUCCUCAUUCUACCCGGCUUCUGGCACAGAGGGUGGACAGUCCGGCAAUUGGCCAACAGGCAGGCAGAGAGUCCAGAGAUGGGGGUGCGCCAUGUGCUAUCUCGGAAUGGCCAGGGGGAUGGACUGACAGGUCCAGACAGCUGCUCCUCAAUCCCAGAAUGGCACAGGUUCGACUGUUACCCUGAAAGAGAGAGAGUGGCCACCCGGGAUUUGUGUGAGCGGCGUGCCUGCUGUUUUAUCCAGCCUCCCCUGAAUCUGGUCGGGGUGCCAUGGUGCUUCUACCCGCCGAACUUUCCCAGUUACACCCUGAGAAACCGAACACCCACAGAGCUGGGCGAGGCGGGAGAACUGACCCGAAGGAAUAAAACCUACUACCCCAGGGAUGUUUGGAAGCUCCAACUGAAUGUAAUGUUUGAGACCGACAACAGACUUCACGUUAAGAUAAAUGAUUCCUCAAAUCCACGAUAUGAGGUUCCCAUUGAGGUUCCCAAGACAGUGCAGAGAGCCAAGAAUCCAGUGUACACCGUGGAAUAUUCCGAGGAUCCAUUCGGAAUAAUCGUGAAGAGGACUUCCACCGGGACAGUGCUGUUGAACACGACAGUGGCUCCUCUCUUCUUCGCUGACCAGUUCCUGCAGGUGUCGACCUGGCUGCCUUCAGCUUACCUCUACGGCCUUGGGGAACACCGGGCCAGUUUCUUGCAAAGCGUCCAGUGGAACACUCUGACCUUCUGGGCUCGUGACAGCGUGCCUCGGGAAUUUGUUAACCUCUAUGGGGUCCACCCCUUUUACCUGUCGCUGGAGCCAGAUGGAAUGUCGCAUGGUGUUUUCCUCCUCAACAGCAAUGCGAUGGAUGUGGUCCUCCAGCCUGCUCCUGCCCUGACCUGGAGAACCAUUGGAGGGGUUCUUGAUUUCUACAUAUUCAUGGGACCGGACCCCAAUUCAGUCAUCCAACAGUACCUAGAAGUCAUCGGUUUGCCGGCGAUGGUGCCCGCUUGGGGCCUUGGAUUCCAUCUCUGCCGCUGGGGAUAUGGGUCAAGUAAUGCCACUUGGGAAGUGGUGAAGGAGAUGAGAAAAGCUGGCAUGCCCCAGGAUGCUCAGUGGAAUGAUAUUGAUUACAUGAUCGACUAUCGGGAUUUCACCUUUGACCCCCAGAGGUUUGCCAGCCUCUCUCAGAUGGUUGCAGAUCUGCAUUCCCAUGGACAGCAAUAUGUUAUGAUUGUGGACCCAGCAAUCAGCAGUGUUCAACCACAAGGCUCUUACUGGCCAUAUGAUGAAGGCCUGAAACGUGGAGUUUUCAUCAACAACGUGUCUGGAAGUCCUCUUAUCGGGAAGGUUUGGCCUGGACUGACAGCAUUCCCUGACUUCACAAAUCCCAACACACAUCAAUGGUGGUUCGAGAACUUACUGAGGUUCUACAAAGCCGUGCCCUUUGAUGGGCUUUGGAUUGAUAUGAAUGAGCCCUCGAACUUUGUGGAUGGAUCUCAGAGUGGUUGCCCUUCAAAUGAGUUUGAAAAUCCUCCAUACCUCCCAGGUGUGCUGGGUGGCAUUUUACGCAGUCAAACCAUUUGUGCCUCAGCAAAGCAGCAUGCAUCAACACAUUAUAAUGUGCACAGUUUGUAUGGGCUGAUGGAGGCCAAAGCCUCUGCAAGUGCUUUGGUUAAAAUCCGUAAGAAGCGCCCAUUUGUAAUUUCCCGAUCAACAUUCCCAAGUCAAGGCAGGUACUCUGGACACUGGCUGGGAGACAAUGAGAGUAAAUGGAAGGACAUGUACUUUUCUAUUGCAGGCAUCCUGAACUUCAAUAUGUUUGGAAUUCCUCUUGUGGGAGCGGAUAUUUGUGGAUUUAGGGGAAGUGCCACAGAGGAAUUGUGUAUCCGAUGGAUGCAGCUUGGUGCCUUCUACCCAUUCUCUCGAAACCACAAUACUGAGAAGGAGAAGGCUCAGGACCCUGUGGCUUUCAGUGAAUCUGCUCAGGAAGCAAUGAAACGCGUUCUCCUUAUCCGCUACUCUUUGCUCCCGUACCUCUAUACGCUGUUCCAUCGCUCACAUGGUUUCGGAGAAACAGUUGCCAGAGCGAUUCUCUAUGAGUUUCCUGAAGAUAGAAACACUUACUCCAUCGAUAGACAGUUUCUGUGGGGCAGCAGCCUCCUCAUUAGCCCGGUGCUAGAGCCAGGGGCUGUGUCUGUGACCGCAUACUUCCCCAAAGGGAUUUGGUACGACUUUUACACGGGCUCAGCCUUCAAUAGCACGGGAGAAUAUGUCAAACUUUCUGCUCCUUUGGACACCAUCAACCUGCAUCUUCGAGAGGGAGCGAUCAUCCCCACACAGGAACCUGCCACAACCACCUGGGUAAGUAGUGGAAACCCUCUUCACCUGUUUGUGGCUUUGUCCCAGAAUGCAUCGGCAAAGGGCUGCCUCUUUUGGGACGAUGGAGAGAGCCUGAAUACUUACGAGAGGAACGAUUACACUUACGUUGAAUUCUCUGUGGACAAGAACCAACUGAUAUCCAAAGUGGUACAUGUGAACAUUGAGGCCACUUACAUCAAAGUGAACACCUUAAGCAUGUACGGGGUCAAGUUCCGACCGUUGAAGGUUAUCGUAAAUCAGCGGCCUGUUUCAUUUUCCUACUCUUCAAACCAGGUUCUGACUAUCAAUAAUCUCCAUCUCCCCCUCGAUAAAGGGUUUCACAUCUCGUGGUCAUAACGCCUGCAAUCAAACUUCAAAGUGAGGAUUCAUCUUGCUGUGGAGAGCAGACCCUAGCUUGUCACUUGUCUGAAUCAAUACAGAACCACCUUCUGGAAAUACACAGCAGGCCAGUUGACAUCUGAGGACAGAAAAAUGGGUGUGCUUUUAAGGUCUGAAUUUUCCUUGAGGCCCAUUCUUCCAGAGCAGCUCUCCCCAAACACACUAAUGAACAAAUUUGCAUUUAUAUAGCAUCUUUCAUCAACUCAGGACGUCCUAAAGUGCUUUUCAGCCAGUGAAUCUUAAAAACCUAUUUUUAAUAUUUACACGUUGUCUGGUCUACUGUGUCUUUCGAGAAUCUGCAGUUUUUAUUUCAGAUUUCCCUUCUUUGUAGUUUAGCCUGUUUUUUAGCCUUACCUUGUUAUUCCCCUUUCCCACCAACUCAGUGUUCUAUUUAAAUCUAUGCUGCUUGGCAGAGCUGGUAUUUUGCUGACUAUGGUGUUAAUGUGUAAAAUGAGGCCUUCAGGCAGAUGCUGCUUUACUGCAAGUGAGGAUAAAUCAAAUCAGUUCAUCCCUUGUCCUUACCUAUGCUCACUUCCUGGCAAAAAACUCGACUAUUGUAAACACUGGAUCAGAUGGGGAAGAAAAUCUCCAUGGUGUAUUUUUUUUUAAAAAGAUGUGAAAUAAAAGAAUAAAGUGAAUACAAUAAAUCAUU